UUAUUAUCUCAUGAUUCUUACUUCCAACUGUCAUGUCAUUCCAAAACUUCCAUAUAUUGUUUUGAUUUAAUGUCCGCUUGACUUGCUUCGCGGCUCACUUUUCACACUCAGCUCAUGCUACUACUAGAUACAUGCAGCCUACCUUAUCUGCUACCGGUACUCCUAUCAACAGUUGGUGGUUCUUGAAAUCCACCCCCUUCUCAUUGUUUUUGGUUUUCCUUUUGACGUCGGCAAACCCUCACGUGGUGCUUGGUGCCUGCUGUAAACAACUUGCAACUGUUACCUCAUUCUUGCGCCCACUUCCUCAUUUUUCUUUUCUACCACCACCCUCGGCCCCGUUCGAUCUUUCAUGGUCUUUCUUUCCUGAUUGCCGUUUGUCUAAUGUUCGCUGUUUCCUAUCUCCCAAAAUCACCAAAGCGCUAACUACUUGUAUUCUUUCAAUACUUUUAGAUUGACUACAGCGCACCAUGCAUCUUCACGAGAGAAUUAAACAUGACCUUCUGACCAAAGGUCGUGGUGAAUACACCCUUACGGUCGACCAAUUUGAUUACGACUCCUUUGACCAGCUAUUCGAGGAAAUGAGGCCUCGGAUACGUCGCCCAAAGAUCGUU